CUCUGCCAGGUGCUGGAGACGUAUGCAGCGACAUGUCAGAAGCAUGGAGCCAUGGUCCAUGACUGGAGGACGCCAUCAGGAUGCCCCUUACCUUGCCCUGAAAACAGCCACUAUGAGCCCUGUGGCAACGCUUGUCCAGCCACCUGCUCCAACUGGGACAAUCCGGCCACUUGUGACCAGCCCUGUGUGGAGACCUGUGCCUGUAACGCCGGCCUCGUGCUCAGUGGAGGGGAGUGCGUGCCAGUGUCGCGCUGUGGCUGUACCCGUGACGGCCGCUACUACCGCCCUGGCGAGGAGUUUUGGGGCGAUGACAUCUGUCGCUCCAGGUGCAGGUGUGACAUGGAGCUGGGAAUGGUGGUGUGCGAGGACUCCAGGUGUAAGCCGGGUGAGGUGUGUGCGGUGGUGAAGGGCGUGCGGCAGUGCGUGGCCAGCAGCCGCUCCACCUGCGUGGCCACUGGUGACCCCCACUAUACCACCUUCGAUGGGCGCCGUUUCGACUUCAUGGGUACCUGUGUCUACCUCUUGGCUGGGCUCUGCUCCACUGACCCCACCCUCACCCCCUUUGCUGUCACUGUGGAGAACAAUCACCGCGGCAGCCGCCUGGUCUCCUUCACCAAGGUGGUCACCAUGGAGGUGUACAACAUGACCCUCAGCCUCAGUCAGGAACAUCCCCAGAAGGUCAAGGUAGGGAUGAAGGAGAUGAUGGGGGUGGUUCAGAUCCGCAUCUGCCGGGGGCCUGGGGGCCUCCAGUGCCGCCCCUUCACUUGUCCCUUUGGCCACACCUGUGGCCUCCGUAAUGGCACCCGCACCUGCAUCGCGCACCCGGGGCGCUGCUCCCUGUCCCCUGCCACCCGCUUCGUCACCUUUGAUGGCAUCACUGGGCCAGCCUGGCCACCGGCACCUACGUGGUGGCCAGCGUGUGUGACCCCCAGGACCCCGUGUGGUUCCGGCUGCUGGGGGACAUCGGGGACAGUGGGGAGCAGCCGGCAGUGA